AUGCAAACGACAGAAAAAGAGCCAUCCAGAAAUGUGGAGAAGAAACAUACGAAAAAAAAAAAAGUCGCAUCCAGAGAAGAGCAUAUAAAUUCAGUUAACAAGCUGGUUGCUGCAAGAACAAUCGGUAAAGACUGCAAAUGUAGAAAAAAGUGUUUUUUAAAAGUGAAUCAAGAAAAACAACAACAAAUUUUGCAAAAAUUUAAUGAAUUGGGUGAACACUCCGUGCAGAAUCAGUACUUAGCAGGACUUGUAACGUCUACGGUCCCUGUAAGAUCACGACAUCGUACUGGAAGCAGAAGAGCCAAGUCUGCUUCUAAUAAAUAUAAGAUUCGUCUUGGUCAAGAAGUGUUUGAUGUUUGUAAGAAGGCUUUCUGUGCACUUCACGGUGUGUCUGCAAAACGAGUAGAAAAUAUUGCAGCAAAUUUGGCAAAGCCUUCUACUCUAACUUUACCUGGAGAUAUGAGAGGUAGACAUUCCAAUAGACCCAAUGCCAUAUCACCAGAAAUCGUUGAAUCUAUUCACACGCAUAUAACAGAAUUUCCAAAACGAAAAUCACAUUACAGUCGGUCUAAAAACAAUGGAAAAUACUACCUCUCGCCUGAACUCAAUAUUCGCAAGUUAAUACAGGAAAAUCAAGAUCGAUCCCCUGGUUUUAAACCAGCCGUUACCUAUGACUUCUAUUAUAGGUAUUUCAAAGCAAAUUUUGCAAACUAUCACUUUGGGCAUCUAAGAUCCGACACCUGCCAGCUUUACGAUACUUUGGCGAACAAGAAAAAGUCAGUUCAUACAGACGCAGAAUUGAAUGAGAUAGAAGCACAGCUAUCAUUGCACCAAAAUAAGGCCAAGACAUUUUUUGAUGACCUCUCGCAAAAAACGUCGAGUGCUCUUGAAGAUCCAAAAGUCGAUACUCUUUGCUUUGACUUCCAGCAAAAUGCUCCGCUUCCUAAGGUGCCAUCCGAUCAAUAA